GUCACGUGAGAUACGACACACAUUCUUGAGGACACCGAUAAUACACAACCGAACGCUUGUAAAAUUAUGUAAAAUUCCUACUGUUUGACAAUUAAUGCAAAGGUGCAUUUCGAGUUAUUGUAAGACAAUUUAUUUGACAAUAUUUGAGCGUGAAUUUCAUUGAGAAAUGUCAUCACAAGGUUCUCAGAGAGGACGGCUAAAUUUGUCACCCUCUGCGAUGCCAUCCAUGAUGAGACCUAUGAAAGCAGUGAAGCCGUUCACGUUGAAAGGCAGUCCUACAAGAAAAAGUCCAGUUUGUUCGCCAACACCGAUUGCAAUUGGUCAUCGGAAUUCACCUGAACGAAAGUCGCCUAUAUCGCCUAGUUUUAAAGUAGAGAAACCCCGUGCAGUGAGAAGUAAUGGAAGCCCAUCAUUAAGAAGAGCUGGAUCAUUGGAAGCUAUUUACAAUUCAUAUCUAAGUGGUAAAUGGCCAACUCCAGAAGUUUUAUCACAUUUUAUGGUGGAUCAGACUACCCAGACUCCCGACGAUUGGGAAAUAAACAGUCAGCAGAAAACAAAGAAGAAAAAGAAAAGCCAUGGACGAUCUGCAUCAUUUGGACAAGGAGAUCAUGUUGCUAAUGCUAAAAAUAUUCAUUAUAUUAAGCAUAGGUUACAGAAGACUAAAGAAGGAAGUAGACAAAAUGGAAAACAAAGUCCAGUCCCAGGAAAUCAUCAGGCAUUAUCAUCAACAGCUCCAGCAGCCUUGCAGGGCUUACAGAGGGCAUCUAAACCACAGGGCAUUCCUAAUCACAUUCCUAAGUCUAGUAAUCUGUCUAGAUAUCAACGUAACAGUGUAGAAGGAUUGAAUACAGAGAUAGAGAAGCUAGUACUACACAGCAGAGAAGAAGAAUUGGACAGGGUAUGCUCCCCUGAUACAUUGAAUUUGAUAUCUAUACUGUCACAGUAUGCAUAUGAUAUUCCUGAUGGACAUAAAGCUCCCUGUCCUGAACUUGUAAACAGAGGUAGUAGUACCAGAAGUAUAGAUACCCAGACACCAGGCACAGGAAAUCUCAGCGACAACAGUUCUGGUAGUAGAUCUCAUUCAGUUAGUCCGGCCAUUCCAAUAAUUCCAGGUCAUAUGGAUUCAUCCCGUCCAUCUAGUGAAUCUUCACCAAGGCGUCCAUCUAGUGAUUCUUCACCUAGACGCCCAUCCAGUGAAUAUUCACCAAGAGAAAUGGAAAAGGUGGAAGGAUGUGAAUCUCCUGAUAGUUUACAAAAGAAAAUAUCUAGUCCAGGACCAAAUAAUUCCUACUUGUUUGUAAGAGAGCCACCAGAUGGCUGUGAAAAGGUCAAAGUUAUUGAUGAAGAUACGAAAAGUCAUCCGACCAUUAAAGAACCAUUGUUGUAUUGUCCAAUCAAGCCAUCACAAUUUAUUUUAAAGCCAAGUGUUGAUUCAGCAUUUUGUCCAUUACGCAAGAUGUACACACCAGAAGUUACUAUUAAAUCUCAGGGAACACAGAGCACCCAGACGUCUACCUCUGUUAGCCAAUGAAAUCAGUGCUCAAUUCCUGUUUCAACUUUCAAUUCUUCAUUUAAAAACAAAAUAAUGAAUUUAUUAUAAAUCAUAUGUAGGAAUUGUAUCAAUGUGAUUUUUGUUUCACCAAAGAAAAUCAAUUAGGAGGAUUUGUUUUGUUAUAAACUUCCUUACGAAUUUAAGUUGAAUACAUGUGACAAAAUUUUCCAUCAAGUGCUUUUGUUAAACCUCAGGUGUAUUUUGAUAAGAAUCUAAAGAUGGAGUUUAUUAUAACUUUUUUCUUCUUUGAAAUAGAAUUAUAAAUAGUAGCAUAGAUAGUGCUAAUUAAUUGCAUUUUAUCAUAAAUUUUCCAUUUGUUCACUUAUAAGAAAUUAUUUUAAGUACAUAUACAUGUGUAAAAAGGACUAGUUUUUUGUUAGUAAGUAAUAUUAAAAGAUAAGUUUAAAGAAAUAAGAAGAAGGUUUCAAUUGUAUUAUAGUUUAUUUAAUUACACUAGAUCAUUUUUAGAAUGUUCACGGUAGUAAAGAAAGCUUCCAUUAUUUCUUUUUAAACAUUAUUUAUUGCAAUAAUAUUUUUACACAUCUGCUUUGAUAAAAUAAAUGUUUUUCCUUAUAUUAUUGAAGAAUAUAUAGAUUUUUGCCAUCAAAUAAUAUAAUUGAAAUAUGAAUAAAAAUGUGAAUAUUUGUUAUUAUUUGACAUUUUAGUGUACACAUAAUGAAUCAUGGCUGUAAAUCAUUAAUAUUUUGACAUACAAGUUAUUAAAUAGGUCAGUCAAAUGUGUCUCGUUGUAACCGUCCACUUAUGUUAAAUAUUUUAUAUACAUCUCUUAAUACUAGUGAUAUGUUUGAUCUAUGCUGUUAGUCAAAACACAAACAGAAAUGUACAUGUCAAAUAUUUGUUCUUUAUUAUAAAUAAGUGUAUUUUCUACAUUAGAAACUCAUAAUCUAUUUGUAUUGCUGACAUCUCUGAAUGGAUAAUGCUUUAAUUCAUUAAGAUGGAAAUUUUGUUUGCUUAAAAUAGGCUUUAUUUAUUUUUCAUACUUCAGAGUCAUAGAUAUAAAAAAAAAAUUGAUCUGAUAGUUAACUUUAUAAUUUUACCUAUUCUAACAGUGUCAGCUGUCUUAUUUAAGGCUUAUCCUAACAAUUUAAAUGUAUGAUUUUGAUUUAAGUGAAAUAUUUCUUACAGGCAGCUAUCAAGUUAAGAUAGCCAUGACAAUAUCUCUUCCCAAUCUUAUACCAAACUUUUAUCGUUUAUGGUGGGUGCAUAAACAAGCUGUAUUAGUUUACUAUUGAUUUACUAUUGUUUACACUAUGCAUUCCUGAAAACACUUGUGCUUUUCACAAAAUUCAAAUAUAAAAGAUCAAACUUCAAUGUUUUUUUUAGAAUGAAAUCAAGUAUUUAGAAAAACAAAUAAUACACUUAUUCUAAAUGUAUUUCAAUGAAAAAGAAUUAUAAUUGUAAAGAGAUGUCUUUAAAUCAGUCUUUAAAUAUCUUGACAAGCAUAAAUAAUGUUUAAGGUGAAUGUAUUUUAGAACAGUAUUGUUUUAAAAGAUUGUUACUAUAUUUCCAUUCCUGCCAUUUAUCAAAUGAAUAUAAUUGUUUCUUCAGGGAUCAUGCUUGUUCAUGUAUCAAGUAGGGCUGUAGAAUCUCAUAGAUGAAAAAGACAUUGUCAUUACAGAUAAUUACUAUAGUGGUUUAAGGGACGUCUGAUGUCUAUUUUGAUUCUUUAUAAAUGGACUUUAAAAGAUAUUUAAGGCAUAAAGAUGGAUUCUAAAUAGAACAAAGUUUAAGUGAUACAAGCACAUUUGGCAAGUUUUCUUUACCUGAUAAGUUUAUUUUGGGAGAACUUAUUUAGUCUAUAGAAUCAAAAGUGAAUCAUUUGUCCAUCAAAUUGUUUUAAUGAACAUGAGGCCCAUAAGUUAUAAUUUUCAAAUUUUGGCUCACUUUACAAUUAUUAAGUAACACAGUUAUACAAAACAGUUUUGUUAAAUCAUUAUUAAAACUUUACAUUGAAAGAUAGUACACAAAAGAAAAACUAUCAAUGCUUACAUCAGUUUUGACUUUGUCUUCUUCAUCCAAUUUAGUUGUGUUCAGUUCAGUAUUGUACAUUGCACUAGUCUCUCUGUUUUCCAUCCAAUAUUUUUUUCUGACGCCCAUUUUGUAUAUUUUUAUGAACAAUAUGUAACUAUUUUUUCUUAUAUCCCCUUGUGCCAUAACAGUGAUGACAUAUCUCUGUUGUAGUAGAUGUUGGUUAUUAAUAUUUGAGUAUUUGUAUAUGAUAAUGCACAAAACUGAAUUAUUAAAAUCUUAAUUAAGAAGACAGAAUCAGAAAAAAAAGGAACUCACUUGCAGGAAAUUCUAUGGCAUUUUGAAGCAUAUUUUUACAUUUUGUAUUCAUCUCUUCUUCAUUUUCAUUCAUUUAAAAUUCCCACCUUGCUAUUACAUGUAUCUAAUGUAAUAUAUUUAGUACUUGCAAUAUAUUGUGAUUUAGUGAGAAAAUUCUAUUUUAACAAAAGUUUGCAGUUUUUGCUUUAAUUUACUAAAUAAAUUUGUUUUGUUAAAAUAACAGUAAAAACCUUGGAUAACUGGAAGGGAUCUGUUUAAAUUUAUCUGAGAUUUGAGUCAUUCAAGUUGCUACAUACAUGUUUUCCUGUUUCAAAUAUUUUUUACCAUGUAUUGUCAACUUUGUAUGUUAUUGUUUAAAGAUACAAAGAUACUUUAUAUUGCAUAAAUACUAGUAAAUAAUAGUUUCAAAGUGACUAUAGAAAAUUAGCUUGUCUGAAUUUUUUUUUUGUACUUCAUGUAGAUGUCGUAGAUGAUUUUUAAUACAUAUAUUCAGAGGUCUUAGAACAAGUUUUCAUUUCAGUAAAUUUCUGUUUCCAAAAUUUUUGCAAGACGCUGCAGUUCAGGGAUUUCAUGUUGGCUAGGGUUUUCUAAUUUAAAAUUUCAAAAUGUACUUGAGGUUACAGAGAUUUGGAAAUAACUCAGUAAGACUCAUAUAAGUUUAAAAUCAUUUCAAAUUUUUUUUUAACAGGAAUACUAAAUCCCUAUGAUUUUAACCACAGAAGAAGGUUCCAUUGUGUUAUUGAAAGAAUCCAUGCUGCAGCUACAGCUUUCAUUACAGCAUAGCCAAUUAUAAAAUAGUAAAUUAACCUUGUACUUCAAAACGAUACAGUAAUUUGACUCAGUAGGCAAAAUUGUACAAUAGAUUGAAAAGUUUUCGAAACAAAGAAGCUACUGUAUUCUUAAUCCGUAAACAUGCAAAUAUUAAAUAACCCUUUAUAUAUUUAAACUAUUAAAAAAAUCAUCAAUUUAAGUUUGGAUUUUGUUGUAAAGAUCUAUAUAAAUAAAAGUCCAUAGUGAUACCUGGAUAACCUUCUGUAUCAACAGGCCAUCAAUAUUAGUCCUCAGGCAAUCCAAAUGUAUAUAGUAUAUGGUACAUUUUUGCCUUGUAUUAUUAUUCUCUAUUAAGUACUACAAACUUGUCCCUGUAUGUUCUAUUGUAAUUUUAAUGUAAUAAGUUGCAAGAAUCCCUUUACUUUGGUGAUUUUUAUGUGUUUCUUCUGUUUAGUGAUUAAUUUAUCUAUUUAUUUAUAACAAAAUGGCAUGAUAUUUGGUAGUGCUAUGUGAAGCUGCCUUUCUAUUUAUAUAUAGACUUUUCAUGUUGAAUUUUCCAGUAACACAGAAAGUAUGUAUUCCUGACCAUUUAUUUGUGUGCUAAGCAAACAUCUGUUUAAUGGAAUACCAAAGGUUGUAAGACAAGAGUGAUUUUGUGUUACUAGAUAAUUCAAUUGGAAAUUGAUAGUUUAUCAUAAAUGCUUAUUGUAAGAUGUUUACCAUUAAUGCUUAUUGUACAAUGUCACUUAAAUUAAAUAUUGUAAUUGCUCUUUUCUUUCAGGUUAGGAUUUUUUUUUAAAUAACAUUAUCCCUGGAGAAGGACAUUAAGCAUGUACGAUAAACUUUAAAGAUAGUUUGUGUCUAUUUAUUUGUUAAAGAUUUGUUAAGACUGAUACUGUACAUAGUUAUGUUGUAUAUUUUGUUUGAAAAAGAAUAAAUUGUUAUCUUUUCUAAA